GCCACAUUCAUGCACGGCCAGUGCACGGAAAACGUACUCGGAAUUCCAGCUGGAAUCGGUUGGUAGAAUGGCCCCACUGCAUCUGCUGCUCCACUGUGCCACCACUCUGCUGAUUGCCAACGCCCUGGUACUGAAUCCCCAGUUGAUGGGUGCAGAAAAUGAGGGCAAAUCCAAAGUCGGUUUUCCCAUCGACCUGGACGACGGAGUAGACGGGGUGGACCUGCCACUGGAGGUGGAACAGGAUGUGACCGGGGACCAGUCCGUCGGCAGGCCCCAGCACUCCAUGCCGCCCGACUGGCUGACCUUCGACGAACCCACUCCGCCCACGAAGCAUCGGACUGGCCACAAGCCGCAGAUCAUCCUGAAGCACCCGACCAGCGGAUUCCAUAAGCUUUCUGCCCACGGACAUCGCACCUGUCACGUGGAAAUCGUCAGCAAGGUGCAGGGUAUCUGCCAGCCGAUGCCCAUUGGAAGCGCCUGCGUCUCGGAUGACUACAUGGACCUCUACACUGAUGCCAACUGCUCAUCUCAGUAGAAGGGUUCACUUGUGCCCUGAUUGAUGGAUUGAUUGAUUGAUUGUCCGUGUGUGUGUGUGAGCUCAGAUUUUGUGCGAGGAGGAGUACGACUACCUGUUGCCCAAUGUCAACAAAGCUUGUAUAAAUAAAUCUAUUCAAUAAAA